AUGGUUGUUUUGACCAACGAUUGCAUUCCUCAAAUCUUUGAUUAUGAAACACUAUUAUAUCCUCCUCAAAACAACAACAGUGAUGAUGAUGAUGUUGUUUGUGACGAGGGAUCUGAAUUUGGAGCGAUUGAUGAGGCACUAUCAUAUCCUCAAAACAACGACCAAGUUGUUUAUGACGAGUAUUCUGAAUUUGGAGUUGACGUUGGUUUUCCAUUGAGGGGUGCAAAUAAUGAAGAUGUUUACACAAAGUUGUCUUCUUGCAAUGGUUUGGUAUGUGUUGAAUUCUUCAACUGGAAACGAGAAAUGACCGAAGUUUUGCUUUGGAAACCAUCUACAAGAAGUUACAGGGAAAUACCAAGAUCAAGACCAACACCUCUUUCCUCUGAGUACUUCUCUUUUGGUUUCGGCUAUGAUUAUUCCACUGAUGAUUACAAAAUAUUAAGGCCCUACCGCUUUUAUCAGAAUACUUUUCAAAAGAGGUUGAAAUUCAACUUAACAGCAGAUGAUUUUCAGAUCGAGAUGUUUUCACUCAAGACCUUUAGUUGGAGGACUAUCCAGGACAAGAACAAUAUCUGUACCCAGAAAUUAUCUCCUAGCCCAUAUAAUAAUAUCAACCUAAAUGGGGCUAUUUAUUGGAUAGUUAAACCUCACAAUAAGCCUUCGAUCAUUUAUUUUGAUUUAGCGGAGGAAAUAUUUCAUGAAUUGCCAUGGCCAUGCGCAGAGAUUUUUGACUGUCACUAUUCAGAGUUGGGGAUUUUUGGACAGCAUCUAUGUCUAUCUGUGACUGAUGAAAUUAACUUAUGUGUUGAGCUAUGGGUGAUGGAGUCUAGCUGGACUAGAUUGCUCACUAUUCCAUAUUGGAGGAGUCUUAAAUAUUGUCCAAGGCAAAAUCAGCACUCAUUUUCCAAAGAGUGGAUGUCAACUUCAGCUUUCCAAAUUCUAUUGGAAGUGAUCUUUGCAAUCAACUUCAUUUUACGAACGCUCUCGAGAGAGGAAGAAGCAGAGUUGGUCAGGAGCAAUAAGAAGGUUAAGGAUAGUCAGCAUGUCGAGUUCAGUGAGGGUCCCAGAGAGGAGUUUCCUUCGUCGGAGUACCAUCGGUAA